AUGGUGAGCAAGGUGAGAGUAAUCCUGUCGCGUAUCAAGGCAGCACAAGAUAGACAGAAGAUUUAUGCCGACUUGAAGAGGAGAGAUGAUGAGUUUAGUGUUGGGGACAAAGUCUUUCUAAAGGUUUCUCCAACAAAAGGUGUGAUGCGAUUAGGCAAGAAAGGGAAGCUUAGUGCAAAAUAUGUGGGUCCGUAUGAAAUUCUCCAACGUGUGGGGAAAGUGGCUCACAAAUUGGCUUUGCCAAUGGAGUUCGAGAAAAUGCAUGAUGUGUUCAAUAUUUCCCAAUUGAAAAAGUAUGUGCCUAGUGGAACCUAUGUUUUGCAGCCGGAAACUAUUCAACUAGAUGAGUCUCUAACUUAUGAAGAAAGACCAGUCAAGAUAGUAGAUCACAAGGUGCGUAGUACUAGAACCAAAGAUGUGAAGAUAGUGAAAGUCCUUUGGUCAAACCAGGAGUACGAAGAGGCUACUUGGGAGGCCGAGGAUGAGAUGAAAAACAAAUAUCCCGAGUUUUUUGAUGAGAAUAACCACAUGUUCUUACACAUGCAACAUUCAUCAGGGUUGUGGGAUCUUGAAUAG